AUUUCUCACACACCUUCUAUUCUUCUUCCUUAUAAAAUCACCAUGGUCAAACUAGAAGAAGUCUCGCUCGAUCACGUUGAGGAGGAGUAUACUGAUUCUGAUUCCUCUUCUGUCUAUUCGUCUGACGACGAUGAAGGCGAUGUCGACAACAUUGAGUCGAUCCUUGAUCGUGUCUGGGCCCUUCAGGACGUCAUUCCUCCCAAGACUCGAAAAUCUAUCGCUGACAAAUGCUCGUCCGUCUACGACUGGGGCAAGUACGGUGCAAAGUUUCUUGGAAACUCGGCUUGGGUUCUCACCACAAGUGCUCUUCUUCUGGUUCUCCCUCUCAUGAUCGAACUUGAGCAUGAGCAGGGUCUGAUCGAAAUUGAGAAGAUGCAGCAACAGUCAAACCAGAUGCUCUCUCAACCCUCCAGUCAACAGAAGAAGCAGGCUGGCGGUAUUGUUCCACCUGGAUUUUAAAAAAAUUAGUAUGUAAACGGAGCAUUGGAGGAGAUUGGCAAGAGGGAAAGUAAAGACAAGGAUAAUUCGACAUUUAGUAUUCAGUAUUUGGUCUAGCAACGUAAUAUCUGGGAAGGUUAUCGUUAUAUUGGAUAAAAGAUCGGAAAAUCUGGAUCGGGUAACAAAUAUGAUUCGAUUAUGCACCAUCAUAUUGGAUUAGACAAAAUAGACGUUUUGUUUUUGCUUUUUCUUGUUAUUGUCUUCAACUUCUUUACUCAAUUCCGAACUUGUUAUAUAGACACUUCAUUUUUUUGUUCAGUUCCUUUUCCAUUUGUCGUUCUUUUGUAC